AUGGAACAUCGUUUUGUGAAGAUCGCUGACAUUGGAUUUUCACUGAAGAGCUGCAGCCUGAGCAAGACUAUAGCUUUCUGUGCGGAGAGACGACUGACUACUAUUCCUCAGGAUAUUCCUCCAACCGUUACCGGCUUUGACCUUUCUGUAAACAGCUACCAUUUCAUGAGGUCCCAACUUUACAUUGCCUACUACCUAUUCUGGGCUUGGCUCUUUGACUCAAAGUACAAAAAUAAGCAAGCUCCUCAUCAGUACGACGCCUUUAUCUCCUACAACUCCAGUGAUGAGCCUUGGGUGAUUGGUGAACUGUUACCCAAACUGGAAGGAGAGCAGGGCUGGAGGCUGUGUCUGCACCAUCGAGACUUUGAACCAGACUCCAACAAGUGUCACAACAUCACUGACAACAGUUCAAGCAACCUUUUAUUCACGCUAAACUUCUGCGGUUUGUUGUUCUCUGCAGGGAAGCCCAUCAUAGACAACAUCACAGAUGCCAUUUAUAGCAGCAGGAAGACGAUCUGUGUGAUCAGCCGCAGAUAUCUCCGGAGCGAGUGGUGCUCCAGGGAGGUCCAGACAGCCAGUUUCCGUCUCUUUGACGAGCAGAAGGAUGUGCUGAUCCUGGUGUUUUUGGAGGACAUUCCCACCUACCUGCUGUCUCCUUUCCACCGAAUGAGGAAGCUGCUGAAGAAGCAGACUUACCUGAGCUGGCCGCGCGCCGCAGACCACCCAGAGGUAUUCUGGGAAAACCUGAGGAAGGCUCUGCAGACCGGAAACGAUCCAAAUGAGGAGAAAUUACAGCUCGCUGUGAUAGAAACGUAUUGAUAAGAAGGAAGGGCACAAUUACUGACUUCCUUCUGGACAAUCUGGGAUUAUUUCCUGCAACGUCUGAACAACAGAGGAUUUAAUUUAUAUCUCUAUCAACGGAAAUAUAUUGUAAUAUGAGUUGGAAAAAUUUUUUUUUAAAAGUUGUAGAACAGCUCUGGAAACCUUACUAUGAUUGUCUUUUUCUUUAGCAUGAUUUGAUAAAUAUUGGUGAUUUUAAGGUUCUGUGUUUUUAUUUUUAUAAUUUUAUACUAGUAAAAGUUAUUUUUCCAGUAAAUCUCACCUGCGUUUCUAUACCUGACAGACUUUUAGUUGUGUUUAGUCCUGGUUUGAUCACAACUUUUUCCUCUAACUGUGUUUUCC